GUCCGUGUCGCCAUGAACAUCGCCAAGCAGGCCGCCGGGGGCGCUCUGCGCUUCAGGGCGUACGCGACCGCCGCCUACGUCCCCCCCGCGUCCAUGGAGAAUGUCCAGCGCGGCCGGCUCCCCCCGCCCAAGCCAAAACCCGAGUCCCCGACGUUCUACACUGGGCGCGCGACGUACUACGACCAGCUGCUCGCGCUCGAGAACGCGGCGAAGCAGACCCGCUCUGCGCUCCAGCAGCUGCAGCUGCUCCCGCUCUCGCGCUUUGCCCAGCAAAAUCUGCCGCCGCUGCACCCGGUGUGGAAGAGCCAGGUGGACCUCGCGGAGCUCAUGGAGGCGAAGCUCACCACGUCGCGCUACCGCCGCUUCGUCUCGCAGCUCAACACGCUGAACCAGUACCGCCGUCUUGCGGAGGUCGCCGGGCAUUUGGCACUGGCGGAGCGCCUCCAGCGCGUACUCGACAUGUUCGAGCGGGAGAACAAGGAGGCCAUCCUCGCCCGGGGUAAGGCGAAGCCGACGAAGUUUGACGAGUACGGAAGGACCUACACUGUCGGAAGGAGAAAGGAGAGCACGGCGCGAGUAUGGGUUAUUCGGUCCCAGCUGUCACCAGGGGAGCAAGCUGCUGCGUCUUCCUCGACAGCAUCCUCAGAGCCUUCACAAAUGCAAGCAUCGGAAGAACCGGUACCUACACCAGUGCAGACCGUCGAAGACCCAAUAGUGCACUCUGCGCCAGCAGUAGGCAUUCCCGGCUUCGAGAGUGGACCUCUGUCCAUCGGCCCGACUCAGGUCAAGGUGCACACGACGAACAUCCUGAUCAACAACAUCCCUUUCACGGACUACUUCCCGAACGUUGCGGACCGUGAACGCAUCGUGCGUCCGUUCCGCAUCGCCGGCCUCAUCGGCGCCUUCAACGUCUUCGCGCUCGUCCGUGGAGGCGGCAGCACCGGCCAGAGCGGUGCGCUCACGCUGGGCAUCGCGAAGGGCAUUGCGGCGCAUGCGCCCGAGGUAGAGCCUUUCCUGCGUAAAGCGAAAAUGCUCAAGCGUGAUCCUCGUAUGGUCGAGCGUAAGAAGACCGGUAGGGCUAAGGCUCGCAAGGGUUACACUUGGGUCAAGCGUUAGAUGGAGACCUCUGGGAUACACUGGGCGGCGUGCUAUGGAACUCUACACAGUCGAUGUCUAUCAUCAUAAUUUACAUUGCAUACACCCAUCCAACGUGUGCGCUAUGCAAAAUCAAGCAAUGCAGAUUACUCUACUCAG